ACAUUACUUGACAUAGUCGACCCCCGUACAUUAUCAGUAAAACUCAUCACAAAAUCUCAACGCAUUGAAUUUGUUAUUUGAAUUCUAUUUAUCGGUUCGCGCGGUUGUCACUUCGGCGCGUGCGCAUUCAAUUUCUACCAAUUGUACCUACCUAUAGAUAAAAUGGGAGGAAAUUAUUCCGCUAUGGAUCCGAUGCAAGUGCCCGUGCCUGAUUUACGGAAAUUAUUCGAAAGAGAUGGUUAUCUGAAGCCUUACGAAAGAGAAAUCCGACGACGUUACGCGUGUUUUAAGGACAUCUGGGACAAAAUCCAGGCGUGGGAUGGCGGUUUGGAGUCAUUCACAACGGCCUACACGUAUUAUGGUCCGCAAUUCGGGUUCGACGGAUCGGUAGUGUGGCGAGAAUGGGCCCCAGGUGCACACAGCAUGCACCUGCAAGGGGACUUCAAUGGCUGGAAUCCGAAGAGUCAUCCAUUCAAGAAGCUAGAGUAUGGGAAGUGGGAGCUGUAUAUCCCAGCUAACCCGGACGGCUCCCACCCUCUGAAGCACCAGAGCAGAGUGCAGAUUAUUGUAAACGACCAUUUGUACCGCGUGUCACCAUGGGCUAGCUACGUCAAACCUCACGAGGGAUUCACUUACCAACAGUUCAUUUACAGGCCUAAUGAGCCUUACAAAUUCAAACACUCCAAAGUUAAUCGACCAGCUUCUCUAAGGAUUUACGAGUGCCACGUCGGUAUCGCUACCAAUGAAGGUCGUGUUGGCACGUAUCUGGAGUUCAAGGACAACGUUCUGCCUAGGAUCAAGGGCUUAGGUUACAAUGCAAUUCAGUUGAUGGCUGUAAUGGAGCAUGCCUAUUACGCAUCAUUUGGAUACCAAGUCACAAGUUUCUUCGCGGCUAGCAGCCGAUAUGGAACUCCCUGCGAGCUAAAACAGUUGAUCGAUAGAGCCCACGAGCUCGGCAUAUACGUAUUGCUAGACGUGGUGCACUCCCACGCCUCGAAGAACACUUUGGAUGGACUGAAUGAGUUCGACGGUACCAACGCGGGCUUCUUCCACGACGGACCCCGCGGUACGCAUUCUCUUUGGGACAGCAGACUGUUUAAUUACUCAGAAACCGAGGUGCUACGAUUUUUGCUAUCCAACCUGCGAUGGUAUCAGGAGGAAUAUCAGUUUGAUGGAUUCAGAUUCGAUGGUGUCACCUCCAUGUUAUACCACAGUCGCGGAAUAGGCGAGGGUUUCUCGGGACAUUACGAUGAGUAUUUCGGCCUAAACGUGGAUACCGAAGCCUUAGUCUAUCUGAUGUUGGCCAACGAGCUCAUUCAUAGAAACGAUAAACGCGCCAUUACUAUUGCCGAGGAUGUAUCAGGCAUGCCAGCUUCAGGGCGGCCGGUCAACGAAGGCGGCACUGGGUUCGAUUACCGACUAGGCAUGGCCAUUCCUGACAUGUGGAUCAAACUGCUUAAAGAGGAGAAAGAUGAAAACUGGGAGAUGGGCCACAUAGUUCACACUCUAACCAACAGACGCUGGCUGGAGGGAACUGUGGCUUAUGCUGAAAGUCAUGACCAGGCUCUGGUUGGAGACAAGACCAUCGCGUUCUGGCUGAUGGACGCGUCGAUGUACUCGCACAUGAGCACGCUGAGUGAACCCAGCCCGGUCGUAGAGCGGGGCCUCGCACUGCACUGCAUGAUCCGGCUCAUCACCAACGCGCUGGGCGGCGAAGCUUACCUCAAUUUUAUGGGUAACGAGUUCGGCCACCCCGAGUGGCUUGACUUCCCUCGGGAGGGCAACAACUCUUCGUACCACUACGCGCGUCGCCAGUGGCACCUGGUGGACGACCCCCUGCUCAAGUACCGCUUCCUCAACAAGUUCGACGUCGAUAUGAACGCGCUUGAGGAGAAAUAUGGCUGGCUCAGUUCUAACCCGGCCUACGUGUCGUGUAAGCAUGAAGGCGACAAGGUGAUUGCGUUCGAACGCGCCGGCCUGCUUUUCGUGUUCAACUUCCAUACCUCCCAGAGCUUCACUGACUACCGUGUGGGCAUCGACGUUGCGGGAAAAUAUAAGGCUGUAUUGUGCACUGACAGCAAAAGGUACGGCGGUUUCGGGCGCGUGGAACCAGACAACGAAUUCCAUCAUACGCAAAACAUGCCGUGGGGCAACCGGAAUGAUUCAGUACAGAUCUACAUUCCUUGCCGUUCAGCUAUUGUUUACGCCCGAUAUGAAUAAAAACAAACACUAAUUUCUUAAUCAAAUUAUUAUUUUAUAUUUAAGGUAGGUAUAUAUAUGAUUCUUUUUCAAAUUCCACAUUGUUUAAUGUAUGUAAAAGUGUGCAAGCAUUUAAUUUAGCAUGCAAGAUUAAUGUAUCUACACAUUAUUGUAGUAAAAUAAAUAGUUUCCAAAUGACAUUGUUCUGUGCACCAUAUUAGCAUUUUGGUAAAGGUUACAUGGUUGGUGUAUUUAUCUCACAUGUUAGACCCUGAAAUAUAAAGUGAAAGGGCAAUUAAACAAAGAUAGCUUUUUUGAGUUGCCCAACAAUACAAAUAAUUAAUGAUCAUGAAACAACAGCAUUAGCAGUAUGCUCACUAAUUUGGAUUGUAGACAACCAAUUUGCAAUAACUAUACAAACAUAACUGUAAUGUCUAACAAUAAAUCUGAUCAAAGCAUAUGAGAAAGAAAGAAAAUAUCUCAAUAAACAAAUUGAUGGAAAUCCUGAUAAGAAUAUCAUUAUAGUGUCAUUUUUAUAUGUAUACAGGUCAGCUCAGGUGCACUUACUUAUUUACAAUAUUUUAUAUUUUAUUGUAUAUUUUAUUUUAUUACAUAUCGCGAUGUAUUAUUAAAUGUCAAGUAACUGUAUACUUGUGUCGAAGUGCCAUAACCUAGUCACUCUAUACAUUUUGAUUUGUUUUUUUUUUAAAUUUUAUUUAAAAUAUUAGAAAUUUAUUUUCAAUUUCAUAAGUGUCUUUAAUACAAGUCUAUAUUAUAAAGGGCUAUCCUGUUCAUUUAUUUACGAGUAUUUCCUUAUAGAAACAAACAUAAAGAAAAAAAUCUGAUUGCUGUAUUAAACAGGUUGAAGAGUAAAGUUGUUAUUAAUAUGUAUGGCAUACCUAGUAGCAUGUUAUAUUUAUAUAUUUGGUUGUUUAGGAAGCCAAGGUGUUAUUGUUUAUUACUUUCCAAUUUUAUGUAAUUGAAAGACUUAGAUAGUAGUACAAAAAUAUUUUUAUUUUUUAUUAAACAUUGUUUUGUAUGUAA